UUCUAAUCCUGAUGCAUUACGGUGGAAGCGUAGAGAAAGUUGGCUCAGAGUUGAAGGAAACCUCUGGAUUCUUCUCCCAGGGUUGAAUAAAUAAAAUACGUUUCUUGUUCUCAAAGGCCUUGCGAUUUUGUUUUCUCUAUCAAUUAUAGUGCUUAAAUUCAAUUUUCUGCGUGUCUGUGUGGGGAAUUGGAAUUUCGAGUUUGCGAAAAUGGAAGUGAGAAUCGGGCAAAGGGUUUCUCGUGGAAUGCUCCCUCUCCUCGCUCUCCACACCUUCAGCGAGUAUUACCGGUCGGAUCACAAGCCGCCGGUGACCGCCGCCCUCAUCGCCGCCAACACUCUCAUCUAUCUCCGCCCCUCCCUCUUCGAUUCCCUCAUUCCUCCCAUCCAGCAAGUCUGGUUCAACCCUCACCUCAUUCUCAAGCACAAGGACUUGAAACGCUUCCUUCUGUCGCCGUUUUACCACAUCGGCGAACCGCACCUUGUCUACAACAUGCUAUCGCUUCUCUGGAAAGGGUUUCAGCUGGAGACGUCAAUGGGAAGCGUCAAUUUCGCUUCCAUGGUUGCUUCCCUUCUUCUCCUCUCCCAGGGCGUUACCCUAAUCUUAUCUAAAUCCCUGCUUCUCUUAUUCGACUACGACAAACCCUACUACAACGAAUACGCCGUUGGCUUCUCCGGCGUCCUCUUCGCCAUGAAAGUCGUUCUCAAUUCCCAAUCCAGCGAUUAUUCCUACGUCCACGGAGUCAUCGUUCCCUCUCGUUAUGCCGCGUGGGCCGAAUUGAUUCUCGUUCAGCUCCUCGUGCCGGGUGUCUCGUUUAUCGGCCAUCUCGGUGGCAUUCUCGCAGGGCUUCUUUAUGUGAAGUUGAGGAACACUUAUUCCGGCUCUAAUCCCAUAACAUUGCUCGUCAGAGGGGUAACUGAUUUUUUGAAGUGGCCUUUCAAGUUCUUGCCACGCCGGGGAAGGAUCACCGGAAGGGGCACUGUGGGAACUAACAGGGGGUGGAGAUGCCAGACAUGUACGUAUGAUAACGAUUCUGGGUUGCGGAGUGUGUGUGAAAUGUGUGGGACGAGUAGGGGUGUCGAUGGGCUCUCAUCUUUUCAGCGGAGUUCCCGUCCUGAUGGGCUUCCUUUGGAUGAGUUGCGCCGCCGGAGACUCGACAGAUUUUUGAGAAACCCGUUUGUCCAUUGAAGCCAUAAAUGCCUUCAGCAGAUAGGAGCCAUGAACAUCCGACACCAUCACAUCGUACUCUGUCCCUGCCGAAGGAAUAAGCAUUAAAAUGAUAGUCCUUAACCUUUUCCCACCCCACAUCACAGAAAAACAGUGUUGUUCCAAAAACGUUGUCUGAGAAGUCCCACCCAAACUCUUUCCCGUUUUCUAUGUUUUGUUGUCCCAGAUCAUUGUCCUUGGACUGGCAAUGCAGAGUGAUGUUGUUUCCAGCUCCAAGCCUGUUCUUGAUGCUCACAUGUUUCCUACUUUCAACAACACUGCUGCACAAUCCUAUUACCACCACCAGGAUCACAACAUGCUCUUUUCUUAUCUUGGCUAACCCACCCAUAACAGGAUUUUAAGUAACAUUAAACA